CUCGGUCUCACAUGGCAGCUUGCUUGAUAUCUCACGGCUCUAGCUAAGGUUAGUAUGGCCCGACAGUGGCAUGAUGGCCACUCCACAGCCAUACUUUGCGUGGGGGCUGCUGGGGGCCCUGAGGGUCUGCUAGCCUCAGGCUGUGAGGGUGGAGAAGUGACAGUGUGGAACCAAGGAGGAUCCAUUGUAGGCCGUCUCACCCUCUCUAGCGAGGAGGAAAAUACAAGUGUAGCCUUCUCACCCGCAGCUCCAAGCCUGUUGUAUGUCUCUCACGGGGAGACUGUGAGUGUGCUUGACCCACGGAACCUGAAGAGGGCUGUAGAGGAGUUUCAGGGUGUGGGGGAGGAGGAGAUCAAUGCUUUGGCACUGAGCGAUACAGGCUCAGCCCUAGCCUUGGCUGAUGAUUCUGGGGCAGUUAGGGUACUGGAGCUCCCAGGAGGAAAGGUCUGCAGAACUCUACGUAGACACACUAAUAUAUGCUCCUCAGUGGCCUUCCGCCCUCACAGGCCCAACAACCUGGUCUCUGCUGGACUCGACAUGCAGGUGAUGUUGUGGAGUCUGCAGAAGACCCGCCCUCUUUGGACUCUUAACCUUCAGGAGGUUGCAGAGGAAGAGGAAGAACACCAGCAGAGGGCUGGCCAGCUUUUCAACCCGCCGCUGGCUCAUUGCAUCUCAGUGGCCAGUUGUGGGAAUGUUAUGGCAUGUGCUGCUGAGGAUGGACGGGUGCAUCUAAUGAGGGUAGGCAGUGGCUCUAAACUUGAGCAGCAGGGGGCAAUCAAGGCCCACAGCCAGGGAGUCUCUCAGGCUCACUUUAUCAAUUUCCUUUCUCACCCAUACUGGCUAGCAACUGGGGGGAAUGAUGGUCAGGUUGCCCUCUGGGACCUCAGCCAGGACUCAGUUGUGGCCCCAGAGGGGAAGGCCAAAUCUCGAGUUGCAGCAGACCAUCGCAGGAGGGUCAAGGGCAGGGCAAAAGGCAAACACCGGUCCAAGGGUAAAGCGAAUGCCACAUCUAUGUUCCAGUCAGAGAAAGAGGCAGCUGAAAGGGAGGGGGAGGAUGAGGAGAAAGGGGCGGCUGAGGGCAGCAGUGCAGAUCAAUCUUCGGUAGACACAGAAGUGCUGAAGUCAGGGCCCAGACUCAGUUUUAGCCAUGGGGACAAAGUCAACUGGGUGUGCCCUGCUAUGCUGAAAGGGGAACCAAGUCUGGUUGUUGCAGACCAGAGCUCUAGUCUGAGUAUCUAUUCUCUGUCUGGACUCUAGAGAAAGAAAGGAUAGCUAUAUGUAUAUUUUUUUUAUUAUUAUUUGGGCUGGACCACAGUAAUACUGCUUUUACUAGUUCAUCGUCCCUCUAAAACAAAUGUUUUCAUUGAACUUUUCAGAGAUGCGCUAUUUUCUGUGCAUAUUGGAGAUGGCUGAAAUAUUGGCUCAUAUGUGUGAUGGAGCCACUUUUCCCUUCGCUUUAAAGUCAAUUUUAUUUGUAUUGCCCAAUAUCACAAAUUUGCCUAAAGGGGCUUUACAGCAACACAUCCUGUCCUUAGAGCCUCGCAUCGAAUAAGGAACAACUCCCUAAAAAAAAGCCCCUUUAAUGGGGAGAAAAAAUAGGAAGAAACCUCAGGGAGAGCAACAGAGGAGGGAUCUUAACUGUGGACAGUCUAUCCUGAUUGUUAUCCUUGCCAAAGAAGUCGCUAUACAAUAGAUCUGGAGAGCAGGUCUUCACAGCUAGACAUUUUUAUGCAUGAAAUUUGUGUUUUAUUCAACUUAUUGACAUCUUUUGCACUGGUCUAAUUGACUAGCAGACUAACUCAAGGUUUAUGGUUUGUAGGGCGAGUGUGUCGCACUUACAGGACAUUUUAAAUUCUAUCCCAGGUUCAGUUUGCUAAAUAAAUCACUGAAGCCAUUAUGUUUUUGUAUACAAUUAUGGACAAUCAACAAAACUAACUUCAGUUUAAUAAAAGGGGUGGGCAAUUUAAUUACUGCUCAGCAAUUGUUUCUCAAUGACUGAUUACUGAAAC